AUGCUGCACUUGCUCUGGGACAGCGUCUCCCUCCAGACAUUCCUCAUCUUUCUCUUCAUCUUCCUGCUCAUCGCAGACUACAUGAAGAACAGAAAUCCAAAGAAUUUCCCUCCCACCCCCCUCCGCCUGCCCUUUUUGGGGCACCUCUACCUUGUAGACUUCAAAGAUCCUGUGGGUGGAGUGCAGAGGCUAACUAAAAGAUAUGGUGACAUCAUCGGCAUGCACAUGGGUGGCAUGAAGACAGUGUUGGUAAGUGGGAUGCGGCUGGUGAAGGAAGUGCUUGUAAACCAAGGGGACAAGUUCCUGGAACGCCCUGACCUUCCCUUCGAUGAGCAGAUGUUCAACAAGAUCGGACUGGUCUUCUCCACUGGGCACCUGUGGAAGGCACAGCGGAAGUUCACCUUGACCACACUCCGGAAUUUCGGCCUGGGGAAGAGGAGCGUGGAGGAGCGCAUCCAGGAGGAGUGCAGAUACCUGGUGGAUGUGUUUAGGGAUGAACAGGGGAAUCCUUUCAACCCUCAGUUGAAAAUCACUAAUGCUGUUGCAAAUGUCAUCUGCUCCCUCAUCUUUGGCAAUCGGUUUGACUACCACGAUGAGGAUUUCCAAAGACUGCUGAAGCUGAUGAAUGAAAUGACUGCCCUCAAUGGAGCUGUCUCAAGCCAGCUGUACAACAAUUUCCCAUCUAUAAUGAAGUACUUACCUGGAGCCCACCAAACAAUUUUCAAACACUGGAGGGUUUUGCAAAAAUUUAUGCAAGAGCAGAUCAACAAACACAAGGAGGACUGGAACCCCUCAGAGAGCCGGGACUACAUUGACAGCUACCUGCUGGAGAUCUCCAAGGACCGUGACAGUAACACCUUCCAGGAGGAGCACCUCAUGGCCUGUGCACUUGACCUGAUGUUUGCUGGGACUGAGACCACGUCCUCAACGCUCCGCUGGGCUUUGCUCUUUAUGGCCGUACAUCCAGAAAUUCAAGCCCGGGUGCAAGCCGAGAUCGAUGAGGUCAUCGGCCAGGCACGGCCCCCAGCCCUGGAGGACAGGAACAAGCUGCACUACACCAACGCUGUCAUCCACGAAGUGCAGAGGAAAGGCAACGUUAUCCCUUUCAACGUGCCCAGAAUGGCAUCAGAGGACACCUACGUGGAUGGAUACUACAUCCCAAAGGGCACUGUUAUAACGACAAAUUUAACCUCUCUGCUGUUUGAUAAGAAUGAGUGGAAAACCCCUGAUACUUUUAACCCUGAGAAUUUUCUGAAGGAUGGAAAGUUCUGGAAAAACGAGUGUUUUCUACCAUUUUCAACAGGGAAGCGUUCCUGCCUGGGAGAGCUGCUGGCCCGUUCCGAGCUCUUCCUCUUCUUCACCUCCCUGCUCCAGAAAUUCACCUUCCAGGCACCGCCAGACACCACGCUCAGCCUCCAGUCCAUUCUGGGCAUCACAAAUGCCCCACAGCCCUACAAGGUCUGUGCUGUGCCUCGCUAGGGGAGCCUUGGCCAUCCUCCUCACAUGGAGAAUCCUUUGUCAGGGCUGCUGAAAACAAGCCCUUGACAGCCCUAGCAGGAGGCUGGGUGGUUUAUUUCUUUCAAAGCAAUUGUAAAAUCAUUUUUUUUUUCACAAUUAGACCUUGCAGUCUGUAUCCCAUGAUGGUGUGAUCAUGGGAUCAGCCUGGGAGUUUCCAGGGCAUUAUUAGGCUUGCUCUAUGGCACUGUAAAUUAAUGAGGGGCUUGGGGAUGUCCUAAUUUGGUGAUGGAUGGCCAUGGUUCACCUUGGCAAAAUGAGGGACACUAGAGACCGCACUGUGGAGCCACCCACUGUGGCUGGGUACAGUGGGAGAGCAAUACCAGCUUUUGUUUUAUAA